AUGAUGGAACCAGAAGAAAAUACAGCGCCUGAACAUGAACUCCAGUUUGGAGGGCACGAUUUUAUGUUCGUUGAUGAGCCGUCUUCCGAACAAUUUUGCUCUGUAUGUCUUCUUGUUAUGAAAAAUGCUGUUCAGACAGUAUGUGGUCAUCGCUUCUGCAGACACUGCCUCGUUGGGACAUUCAGGUACCAAGAUUUUGUUAAUUUAACAUAGACAUGCUAAACUUCACUCACUAAUAGGCCGAUGGUCAUGAAGUUAUAAUCGUUGCGUUCUCUGAUGCAUACACUCGACUGAUUCGAUAGAAUUUCAAGCUGUCACAGUUUUUUGUCCGCGACGAAACAUGCUAUCAACAAAUCUUUAAUCAGACAAGUACUGUUCCGCUGUAUCAUAAAUCACUUCUGAGGUAUCCGAAAAAGGAACAUUGAAAUUCAUGGUUUGAGGUCUUUCAAGGCCCAUCGUCAUACGGCGAUUCAGUCGAAGCUUUUUCAAAAAAAUACUUUUUGUGGGAUGAAGGUCUUCUUGCACGCCAUCGGCAAAUAAUCAGUCACGCACGGCACCGCCAUGUAAUGAAUUAUUUGCGAAGAAUACAUCUGCGCAAAGGAAGUAGAAAAGAAAUAGGAGACGUCUCUGCACGCAGGCUAAGGAUGCAAAAAAGUAAAAAAGGUUUAUUUCUAUGUCUGUAUUUUAUUUCCUGUAAUAAAGUUUACUUUUUUGAGCCCAAGAUUCUUCCUUUUUCAGGGAAGGUCAACAUGCCUGUCCACAGGAUAGAAAUCCUAUUCCCGAGGAGGGAGGGGUGAGUACAUUAUUUGCUGCAAGAUAUAUGAAACACACCAAGAGUCAUCCUCUCUUGAUACCACAGAACAGUCGAUAAAUAAAAUCGGUAUUAGUUAACUUGUCAACUGUUUUGCCUCAUCAGUCGAACAAAACUUGUUAUUAGAGUGAUUUUUACUUAACCUGUGAAAAAGGGUAGUAGAAUACAUUGUACUACGCACUAUUAUGCACUAAUUCCAUUGUCUUCUUUUGUUUACUUGUAGCUAUUUUGCACUAGUUGUUAUUCUCUGUUUCACGGGUCAAGUAAAAUCACUCUGUUUCGGUAUGGGUGAAUGUUUUGAACUAGCAAGCGAGUUUGCCGUUGAAUAAAAUUUUAACUGAGGCGUCCCGACCUGUUUCCCGCUGAAAUGCACAUCUACUGUCGGUUCACGCCGUUCUUCUGUUUUUUUUUUUCUCCUCGAGUCUCUGUAAGACGCGCAGACAACAACAGGAUCCGUCUCUGAAAUAGUUGACUGCCUUUGCCAAGAUUCAUAUUUGCCAGUUAACUUUGAAUUCUAUUAUAUUUUAUAAUUUGCAUGAUAUGCUGUACCAAAAAUAACCAACUGAGCAGUGAAACACAUGCAGUGCACUUUNGUUUGUAGCUCUCAAUGAAAAUCGAAAAAGCAACUAUGGCACCUUCAAAGAAUCCGACUUAAAAAUGUCCGGGUGACACUCAUCCGUUUGCGUCUGUUGGGUUUAGCUUAGAAGUUAGUCUAUUCAUUUAAUAUUUGGUCAAACGUGAAGGCCAGUUUGUUACUCGUUGUUUUAUAAGAAUGAAAAAUUAACUUCCCUUUUCGCAGUUUUAGAUCCAUUUCUAGCCAUUUCAGAAGACUUCAGUUUCAAAUUUUCCCGGGGAGCAUGCCCCCGGACCCCCCUAGUUGGCUCACGCUAACGCGUUCACAUUAGCCCCCCGACUUGAAAAUCCGCUCCGCGGGCCCUGACUUUUCAGACUUUUGAAAACAAAGUCGAUUGAAGUGCAUGCUAUACGAAAUGAAACACAUUGAAGAAGUUGUUCCUUUGUAUUCCUGCUUUUGCAGUUUUUUCCUGAUGUGGCCUGGGAGAGGAAUAUACUGUCGCUUCGGGUAAAAUGUAAAAUGAGUAAAAGAGGCUGUGAUUGGACAGGACAAUUACGUCAUUUUCAGGUAAUGUGAAAGGAGGAUUAUGCAGUCUUCCCCUGAUGCAUUGCGCCGUAAUAUGUUAUCCAAUUGGUUUGUGACGUCAUCACUUUUUAAGAUGGAUGCAUCGAGUAAACAACUCCAUCAAGCUCCUGUCUUCGGGGAAGAUUCAGACGUGAUUUAUUAGAAUUGCGAUUUGAAUACCAAAAAAGACCUUACAUUACCUUCGCUGCAAUUUUUACGGCUGAAUGUGGUCUUCGGCCAAUUCAUUUUCGUCAGCUCUUUGGUGGAGAGGCGUUAGUAUAUGCAGUGGUAUAUGUUAGCGGCUAACAGGCGAAUUUUGGAUAAACUCAACGGCGUGAGAUUUCUAUUUAUUGUACAGGUUAUUGAGAAAGCUCAAAAGAAAGCUCAAUUUUCUUUUCGUGGGCAAGAAAACUUUUCAUUAUGAAAUUGUUCUUCGAUUAAUUCAACCUAGCUUAUUUUCUUCACGGCGGAGCGCUUGGCCUGUUUUCUGCUGUUUUGAAAUGCAACCAAGGCAGCGACGUUUUGGAGAAUUUUGAGGUACAGAUUUACUCUAUGGUCAACGAAAUUACGUUUUUAAAAGGAAAUUUAUGUAUUUAUAAAUGUUUCAUAGACAAUUAAUUCAUUUUGGUAUCGGUGUUUAUCGAAAAAUUACAAAAAUUAAAUGUACCGCGAUUGGAGAUGGUGUGAUUUAUUGUGUUGAAUUUUGCCGUGUGCUGAUUUUUACUUGCGUAAACGGAUCCAAGUCCUAAGUAGUGUUCGGCAAAUUGCUUUUAAGGAUUAACUAAUGGAUUUUUUUUUGAAAAAAAUUUGUCAAGGAAUUAAUUUCUCUGUCUAUUGUUUUGUGUUUGUUCAUUCAUGACUUAAAACAUUGGCUCAAAACACGAUCGUCAGACUAUGCUACUCACAUAUAUACACGCAUCACUUCUGCAAGAGAUUUCGGUGAAUUUUUGGGCACUGUGCGAUACGCAGCUACUGAAUUUUAUUUAAUGAUUAUUCUGGUUAUAUAAAGAGAUAAUUCUUUAAGCCUAAUUUUUAUGGAUAUUUUCACUCUAAGUUUGCCGCGCACGUGGGUCAGCGCCGAAGUAUCUUGUUUUUUGUUAAAAUGGCAACUCGCUUCGCGCGGUCGUCAGCCAAUUGAACUGUCAUGUUCAAUUUCGAUUUGUCGACGUCUGAGUUGAGGUACAACGAGGUACAUUGUCAUUCCUUGAAAUUAUAUUCCUUCUUCUCUUCAAAAAUUAUUGGUUUAAUUCACAGAACCUUGACUAUUGUAGUCGGAAACUAACACGUUUCUUGAAGUACCCGAGCGUGAGAGUGAAGAUAAUACCUUCAUCAUUAAAAUUCACCUCUCUUCGUCGUGAAAAUAAGGCAUUUAAUUUUUCAUUUAAUAGCUUGGAAAAUUCGCUCAGUAUAUCAAUUCAGAGUGCCAAUCAAAAGGAAUGAAACAAAAGACACUCACUUCAAGCCGUCAAACAAGCUCUUUUGAAAGGUCGAAAAAUCAUCUCCGACGCUCAUGAUGUAUCCACUUGAUAAUGACCACGCUGCACGCGAAAACCGCGAAAAAUUGUCGCAUGGAAUUAUGGGAAGACUGCAUAAUCCUCCUUUGGUGACGUGUUUCUGUAUUGCCUAGCAUGUAGAGUCUACAUUGUAGGCUCGAAACGGGGAGGUCGGACAUGACGAAGGGAGGCCAAAUUCGUAGGAAAAAAGUGAGGACAUAGACAGCGCGCAGCAUUUAUAUCAAUUUUGCAUUGAUGUAUAGUGAUUUAGCCCCCGUAAUGGUUAGCUUUUACUUUAGUGUUUUGGAAACUCCACAGAAUGUGCUAUAAAUUUAAGAAAAUUCAGUACCUGGAUAAGAAGUGAGAAAAUAAAGCGGCUACGAUUAUGUUUUGUACAGGUCUAUGGGUGGUGGUUAGGGUUAGGUACUGAUUUAGAAAUGGUUGGCUUCCAUUACUGUUUUGGAAACUCCAUAGAAAUACUAUGAAAUUAGGUACUGCUUGGUACUGUUUUCCCCGUUGGUGUACGUGCAUUGGCUAAGUAAGAAAUAAAUGUAGUGAACCGUGUUUACGGCUCCCUGCCGACUCUCCUUUACUUUGGUCUCUCUUCUAUUUCUUCAAAAACCGGUUUAAAAUUUAAGACAGUUAAUUAAGGUUUCCUCUCUGUGUAGGGUGGGUUCAUGAGGUUUCCAAACUACGGUUGCCUAGAAGGAAGACUGAAGGCAGUUCCUCUGGAUGGUAGCGUGAGCGAGGCGGCAAUCUAGGGAGAUCAACCAAGCUUACCAAGCACAUAGUUUUUUAGCAGUAUCUGCUCAUCUAGUCAAGAAAGUAAAGCAGCAAACGAGAAAAGGAAGCAAUAAAAUAGUUGGGUGUAGCUACAAAUUCGGGAAUUGCUUGAUGUGAGAAGUGAUUUUUUGGAGGUAGCAAAGAGUGAUAUGAGUGGGGAAAAGAGUGGUUCGUGCCCCGACCAUAGCAACAAGCACACACGUACAUUUAAUAAAUUGAAUCUGUUUGUUAGCGUUUUACACAUUCAAAUUGUUUAUUUCUUAGCACCUUUCGAUGGGCCGAUACAUUGUAAAUGUUUUACCACCAUGUUACAAAGCCACCUGUACCAGUGCGAACAGCUCACAUUGACUACAAUUGACUACCUAAUUAGGUUAAUAUUGAAGAGAGCUGUGUCUGGUUAUUGCAAAAAUCAAAAUUCGUUACUUCAUCCUGAAUAUUUUGUUGAUUUAUUUGUUCAGUUGUUUGUUUGUUUUCAUAUAAUGACAAGUUAAAAUUGUCACUGCGCAUUAUGAAUUAUCUAUUACGUUUGCUGUUUUGUUCACUGUAAUAAACACUUUCAACGUUUCGAUUUUUUUGUAGAGUCAUUCCGAUGAUUGUCAAUAUGAAGAUGUAACUUGCGAUGAUUGCGAUGAGGAGAUGCAAAGGAGGUUUUUGGAUACUCACUUAACAUCGGAGUGUAGCGAAAGGGUUGUGCAGUGUGUUUACUGUAAAGAUGAAUUUGCUUUCUGGCGCUUGGAGGUAAGCCUACCAAGGUACAUUAAGUGCCUCUGUUGGAUCCGAGAUAAUAUAUAGAUUUAGCCAGGUCUAAAAGCGAAGCUCCCGUUAAUAAAUUCAUAAUUUAAAUCAAACAAUAAACUUGUAAUCCACAGAUCAGGGCACAUUCAUUUGACUUUUGAGGCAAAGGCUAAGUGAUUUUAGAGAAAAAUAAUUUGACAGUCCAAGAGUGAAACAAAUUUUACAUCGAGUUAUUAAAUAGUCUUAUUUGUACACCCAAAAAUAGCAAUCAUGUUCGAUCACAGUAGAUUAGGCCUGGAAAACAAAUAGACCUAUUCGUGUAUUGUAUUUGCAUUAGCUGUUGCAUCAUAAUGUGGCAUUCACCAGUCUCUCCUACAUUGCUCCGUUAGAGAGACUAUGGAUAAUUGGACAAGUUCGACAAGUUUAGUUUACUACUAAAAAUUAAAGGGGAGUGAGGCAAGGGUGCCCGCUUUUCGGGAUGCUUUUUAUUCUUGCCGUAGAGACUCUUGCUAUUCAGAUCAGAACAAGCAAAUCGAUCAAAGAACGGAAACAAAGAAUCUAAAGUCAGCUUAUAUGCCGAUGAUACCACUACUUUUAUUCACGACGACUCGUCUGCAGUAGCCCUUUCCGCUUUGCUUGAUCGAUUCAGUACGCUUUCCGGUCUGAGAAUAAAUAAGUCGAAAACUGAAGGGUUGUGGCUGGGAUUGUGGAAAAACAGAUUAGGUAAAGACGAGCCUUUUGGAAUCUCUUGGCCGAAGCAAUACGUCUCCUCCCUCGGCGUAGUUUUCGCUCAUGAAACGCACUUUGGCGAGAAAAUCAACUUUAAUGAACGGCUUGUUAAAAUGAAAAAGGUGUUAAAUCUUUGGUCAGGUCGGCGCUUGUCAAUCCUGGGACGAAUUGCUAUUGUCAAAACAUUAGCACUGUCUAAACUUGUUUAUAAUUGCUCUGUACUUGAUACUCCGACCGAUUUUGCUAAAGAAGUUAAUAAGGUCAUUUUCCCUUUCAUAUGGAACUUUAAGCCUGAUAAAAUCAAAAGAAACACACUGACAGGCCCAAUCUCCAAAGGUAGCCUUAACAUGUCAAUUUCGCGGACGUAGAAAAAUCUAUCUUAAAGCUGCCUGGGUAAAUCGCUAUUAGACUGCUAUUGUUCAUCGGAUGGUCAUCAUUGGUGUGCGCUUCUUGACUCUCAUCUUGAAAAAUUCGGAGGCUCUUUUUUGUUUCAGUGUAAUUACGAUUUGAAAUUCUUAGAUCUAGAAGGUCUCCCCCUCUUUUAUAGGAACAUUUUAACGGUCUGGCAGAUCCUUCAUUCCAAGGUACCCCUUAGUGUUAAUGAAAUUAAAGAGGAAAUACUUUGGAAUAACCGCUUUAUUAAGAUCGGCGGAAAGACGGUUUUUUAUAGAGCAUGGGUUAGUAAAGGUAUUUUAAGAAUCAAAGAUAUCCUCAAUUCUUACGAUAACUUCCUAUCUUUCCAAGAGCUUAAAGACACUUUUCACAUUCGUGGUACCUUUCUUGAUUACGGUGGUCUUCUGGCCGCGAUUUCUAAAGAUUGGAAAAAUGCUAUCUUACAUGGCAAUCAGGAACACACCAACGAACCAAAGGUGAUACAACUAACCGUUGGAAAUGUUUCAGCAAAAUAUGCUCGACUAAAGUUUGCUGAGAAAUCUUUCUGCCCUCCAUUAACUGAAUCCUAUUUAAGAGAACAAACAUUCACUCCUAGUGCCGUAUAUGAGCUUCCAUUCAAAAUCGCCAUUGAAAAUAAGCUAAGAAGUUUUCAGUUCAAACUCAUCCACAAUAUUCUUCCGACCAAUGAAUGUUAAAUCUUCGCCAAAAUGCGAACAAUGUGAUGCUCCUUAUGAAACUAUUAGCCAUAUGUUUUACGAGUGUCCUGAGGUAAAAAGUUUUUGGGAAAAAGUCAUAGAUUGGUGGAAUCGUAAACGUUCUGAAAACAUAAAUCCCAAUCCAACGGAAGUUCUUUAUGGAUACAAACCUGAAUCUAACAGCUUUCAUACUUUUAACCAUUAUCUCUUAAUUGCUGGAUAUUACGUUUACUUAGCUAGAAACAAGUUUGAGACCUCAGAGCUGGAAGUUUUCAUUGUUUUCCUGGAAAUUAAAAUCCAGUGCGAAAAAGAAAUUGCAAUAACAAAAGGAAAUCUUAACAAAUACAGAAAUAAGUGGACCACGCUGUGCAUUUCUGAUUAGUGUUGGAUUUAUAGUAAUUUAGCAAACAUUUUUCCAUUUGUUCUGCUUGUUGUCGUUAAUCUGUUGAACCUUCGUAUUUCGCUUUAUUUUGCUUGUUUGUUCAUUUAUUUAUUUUACUGUUUCGCCUCCUUUUUAUCUGCCGCCCUGUUAUUGUAAAGUUCAUUGUAAAUUUUGUUAUGUUAAAUGAUGUUUAAUAAAUAAAUUAUUAAAAAAAUGUACAUGUAAUUAGUUUUACAAAUUUGAGUUUUACUGUAGUUUUUUAAGUUGUUAAGCGUUGUUGAUCAGUGAAUGUAAAUAGCGCUCUAGAAGUUAUUAAAUUAUUACUAUUAUAAAAAAAAAGAAGUAAAUCUUGGCGACGAAUCUGGUGGCGUGUAAACCAGCCUUUUAAACAUACUUUUUCUCAUCACGUCUCAGGUAAACAGUACUCUGAGGCCCUUUUUAUCAUACAGACAGACCUCGGACAGAAUUUGUUCUUAUUUGCCCUAUUUAAACCUAUAAUUCUGCAGUUUUUCACAAUUUUGCAAGAGAAUUUGCACUCAUUCAAUAUCCACGACGAUCAAAGCACGCGCUUCCUUUGCACAACAAAUUAUAGCAUUGAAAUAUAAAACGUUUUCAUGAAGAGAAUUCUCAGAUAAUGCCGGGACUUUUCAGUUAGAAAAAUCUGGUCCUAUGUGAUAUGCAGGGUAAAAAUCAUGAAUAAUAGACCUUGUCACGGUUUUCGACGCCAUCUUGACGAGUAGGCAAACGCGUGAGAAAUUACAGUGUUUGUAUGAGAAUCUAAUGUCGAAUAAUUUCCGUAAAACGGCUGUUCUGAAAAAAAUAUCUAUUGUAAACUAAAGCUACAAAGCAAAGGAUUGUCCUAAAAAAUUUGGGGGGUGUACCUGUGCUUAAAUUUCUCCAGAGGCUUGCUUUAGAUUUUCCAUAUAUUUGUCUGUAAUUUUCCCGGGACUUUCUUACAGACAAAUGUAUAGAAAAUUGUAACAAGUGGUUCAAGGUCUUCUAGUGCAUGUAACGCCCUCAAAUUUUUUCAGGAGAAUCCUUAGGAGUGAAGCUUUAGUUUACAAUAGAUAUUUUUUUCAGAACAGCCGUUCUACGGAAAUUAUUCGACAUUAGAUUCUCAUACAAACACUGUAAUUUUUCGCGCGUUUGCCUACUCGUCAAGAUGGCGUCGAAAACCGUGACAAGGUCUAUUACGGGCUUUUAAUGAAAACGAUAAAAAAAAUUCCCUAAAUCACUUUCGGCCAGCCGGACGGGUUCUCACUUUUGACAGGCACCGCUUCAACAUUAUAGAGAAAUUGUUAUGUUUAGGUUUCCCUUUAUUUAUUAAACUGUGUAUGGUUUUGUUAUGUGUAAUCUUUAAAAGCGAGUGAUAUUUACGCGCGGAAUUUUCGCGCGGCGUUUUGAGUAGUCUAGUAUUCCUGCAUGCGAUGUUUAUGUUUGACUGGAAACAACCGGUGCAGCGAUAAAAAUUGCGAGAGGGACUACUAACAAUCAAUAAAAUAAAUAUAAUUCGGUGAAACAUGUACAGAGACAAUAAUUUUCAUUCACGAAGAGAAGUAUUGAGAGUAAAGUGUCCCUGAAAAUCAUGAGUCAGGUAAGCAUAAGCUUAUUUAUGUUUUAAGCCGGCUCCCGGUGUUUGCUCUUUUUCAAGAUGAACUCGAGGCAAGAAAAUCGCUCAGAGCUUUCUGUUUACAGCCAAAAUCAUAAGAAAAUAAUCUUCGGAACCUUUCCUUUGAAUUUGCGGCUCUUUAGAAGACCACUUUUUAGCAGCUGUAUUUCAUUUUGUACACCAAGUAGAAAAAGACAGUUUAAAACAUCACAAGAUGACACAAAACUCUGUCAGCUUAUGGAUAAUCCAUGGUCAGCUCCAGCUAUCAGUAAUCAAGUUUCCAGACGCUGCAUAAAUUUUCCGCAUGAACUCACCUGUCAAAUUUUGACCAAUUAGAACAUAAGAAUUGGACGUAGAGCGUGAUCAAUGCGUGACAGUGAGAAAAGUCAAACGCGAUUACCUUCCCUGCAUGUAAAUGUAAUAGCCGGUUGAAUUUUCGCGUCCGAGGUCAGUUCGAAAUCAACAUUUUAAAAGUGCUGCUCAUGAACACGACUUAUUUCAUAUGCAUUUUAAAAAAAUUAAACUUGAGCCUGCGAUCAUUUGAAAAGUAUCAACUUGUCAGCGGAUACCUUCAAAAAACACUCGAACUCGGUGGGUCGAUACCUGAGCCCGCGAUACGGUCAGGCGAUACUGGUUAGCAGAAACACUAUUUUGACAGCUGUCAAUUAAUCAAAACAUGGAUGUAGAAUAUCAGGUUGCAGGCUCCCAAACUAGCUAGAAAGUGUGAGAUUAAACAUUGGUAUGCCUGUGGUGAGGACGGACGGAAGGUUGGGUAGUCGGUGUACGGUCACGUGACUGCCGAAUUUUCCAGGAUGGAUAGAUUUUCUAAGCUACGGGGCUUCGAAUUGAGCCCGUGAUCAAAUAAAAUAUCAGCGCAAAACUUUAAACACUACGUGACCUCAAUGGAUAGAAAAAUGAGCCCGCGAUACACUCAGGUGAUGAUGGUCAGCGUAUACUCUAGUUUGACAGCUGUCAAUUAACCUUCAUUAGAAUGGCGAAUAUUCGAAUUAACAGACUACGAGUGUGAGUAAGACAUAUCCGUCCGGCAUGUAGUGGAAAAUGCUAGAUCGUGUACCUGAACGAACCUGAGCCCACGUUAUUAGUUUUCUGAUAGUGGUCUGUACAUGUCCUAUUUUGACAGCUGUCAAUUGACCUUAAUUUGGCUUGCCAAUAUAACUUUAAACGACUGUCAGCCAACUGGCAGCCUUGCCCGGCGUAGUUUCGUUUUUUAU